CUACUAGCUUGUUUUCGUGUUGACUUGGCGUGGUGCUCACUAACAGACGUGGAUGCGUGUGGCGAGACAGACAGACAGACAGACAGACAGACAGAAUAGGAUAGACAGAUGGGGAGGGAGGGAGGUACACCUCUUACCACAAGAGGUCGCUGUUUGUUUUAACAAGGAAUCGGCUGCUGCAAACUCUUCAGCCAACUAGGUAAAAUAUCAAAAUGAGUUCAAGAAAUUUUACCAAGAACAUAAUUUUAUUUUGGGGAGCGUAAGGUUAUGAUUAAUGAAAAAAAAACAGACUGCAAAAACCUGUUGACUGGUAAAAUCAAUUUCCCUUUGGCUUGCAUGUUAUCAAAAAUGAACACCACAAGCACACUUUGAAAAAUCUUAGACCACAAAUUAACAUUAUUUGGAAAGGCAUGUAAUGAAGUCUCAUUUAAUGGCUUUAAGGAAAUAAAACCUUCGGUUUUGACAAAGUGGAUUCAAUUUGUCAAACUUUGCACCGCUGUUUACGCAUUUAUUGGCCUACCUUUGAAACCUAAGGUAAUAUUUAACAGCAAAGUCGGAUAGACAUCCAACUAAAUACCCGUGAGCACUAUUUCUUGACGCCGCGCGCGUGCUGUUGUGACUUUUUGGGACCCGUAUUGUUGAUUCUUCUUUUUUUUAAAAUCAUGGUCUCCAUUGCCAAGGUGGUCCUCGGAAUUCUUGGACUGGUGGUGGUUGUUGUUCUGAUCACAGUGCCAACUGUGAUUUACUUAAAAGAGGAGCAGAUUGAAAUCACGGACAGAAGGACUUUCACACUGGAGGACGUGUUCAACAGUUCCCUCAAACCCAAAUCUUACAACAUCUGGUGGAUCUCCGAUGAUGAGUACCUGCACAGGCGACAAGGCUCCGUCUAUCUUUAUAAUGUCACCACGGGGCAGUCGUCCGUCUUCUUGAGCGCGGACACGUUUAGCGAAAAAGGCGCUUCCGACUUUCAGCUGUCUGCUGAUGGCAGAUAUGUGGCAUUUAUGAGCAACUACUCAAUGUUGUGGAGGCAUUCAUUCACAGCUUCAUACUCACUUUAUGAUCGGGCUUUGAACAAGUUUGUGGAACCUUCCUACCUGCCUGAAGAAAUCCAAUAUUUGGCUUGGGCGCCGGCAGGCAACAAACUGGCCUUUGUGUGGAAAAAUAAUGUGUACAUAAAGACCAGCCCAGAUUCAUUGCACCAGCAAGUGACGUUCAAUGGCAAGGAGAAUCAGAUUUUGAACGGAAUUCCAGAUUGGGUAUAUGAGGAGGAGAUGUUCUCAUCCAAUCAGGGCCUCUGGUGGUCCCCAGGAGGGAAAUAUGUGGCCUAUGUUGAGUUCAAUGAUACAGGGGUGCCCACUGUCGAGUUCUCCUGGUAUGGAGAUCGUCAGUAUUCCCGUACUGUUUCUAUCCCAUAUCCCAAGGCAGGUUCCCCAAACCCAGAGGUGAAGCUGUUUGUUGUGGACACAGACAACACGACAAUGAUCACUGAGGUUCUUGUUCCAGAAGCAUUCAAGUCGCAGGAGCAUUACUUGGCCACAGUGACUUGGGGGACUGACCAGCGUCUUGCCAUCCAGUGGCUUCAUCGGCUCCAGAACCACCUCAUCCUUCAGAUCUAUGACCUCCGGGGCUUCACCUGGGAGCCAGUUCAGCAUCUGGAUGUGAAAAGCACCACUGGUUGGAUUGGACGGUUUUCUCCAUCAGCUCCAGUUUUUGCCGAAGAUAAGAUGAGUUACUACGUGUUGAUGAGUGACUCCAAAGGUUACAAGCACAUCCAUCAUGUUGUGGAGGGCAACGCGACGGCAAUUACCACAGGAGAAUGGGAAGUCAUUGCCAUUCAGAAAGUAACGGCAGAUAGUGUAUAUUUCUCUAGCAACCAAGAGGGAGGCAAACCCGGAGGAAGGAAUAUUUAUAGAUGGAGCAAGGGAGAGGUCAAGUGCCUGACUUGCAAUCUGAGUGGUGAUACCUGCCAGUAUAAUUCCGCUUAUUUCAGCCAGAAUGCGAAAUUCUACCUCAUGAGCUGCCGUGGUCCUAGCAUACCUUACAGUUCCCUCAUGGAUAACAAGGAGGGCAAAGAGCUGAAGCGAUUGGAGGAUAACAGCCAAUUCACCCAAGGCAUUUCUGACAUCCAAAUGCCCACCAUGCGUCGAGGAACUAUCAAGAUUGCUGGAUACAAGCUCUGGUACGAGAUGUUUUUGCCACCAGGCUUUGAUGAGUCCAAGAAGUACCCCUUGUUGCUGGAUGUGUAUGCCGGUCCCUGCAGCCAGAAGGUAGACUUCACGUACAGCGUGGGCUGGUCCACAUACCUGGCCAGCACAGAGAAAAUCAUCGUCGCCAGCUUUGAUGGGAGAGGCAGCGGUUACCAAGGCGACAAGCUAAUGCACGAAAUCUAUAAACAUCUCGGGUCCUAUGAGGUGGAAGAUCAGAUAACCGCAGCCAGGGAAUUCAUCAAAAUGGGAUUUAUUGACAAAGACAGAGUUGCUAUAUGGGGAUGGUCUUAUGGUGGGUAUGUGGCUUCCAUGGCCUUGGGAUCUGGAAGUGGAGUCUUUAAAUGUGGAAUGGCAGUUGCUCCAGUCUCCAAAUGGGAAUAUUAUGAUUCCAUCUACACCGAGCGGUACAUGACAAAGCCAAGUGACAAUCUAGUCGCCUACACUAACUCCACAGUUACUGCACGGGCCAAGAACUUCCAUUCAGUGCAGUAUCUCCUGGUUCACGGAACAGCUGAUGACAACGUGCAUUUCCAGCAGGCAGCUGAGAUUUCUGAAGCUCUGGUGGAUGAGCAGGUCGACUUUGAGGCCAUGUGGUACACGGACAAGAACCAUGCGCUUCCUGGUUCUGCCAAUCAACACGUCUAUACCCACAUGAGCCACUUCCUACAGAGGUGCUUUGCAUAAAGUCUGUUGGAUCAGCACUCCAGAACUGCAUACAUUGCACAAGGCGGACUGUACAUAGAAUGUUUACUUGUUUGGUUGUCUAAAUGAUUACUGUAAUUUGAAUGGGGCGGCACAGUGGCCGAACAGUACAGAGGUCAUGGGUUCCAAUCCUGGCUCCUGGCCUUCCUGUGUGGAGUUUGCAUGCGCUUCCCGUGCCUGCGUGGGUUUUCUGUGGGUACUCCGGUU